AUGCACAUGGCUAACAACAAAAAGCAUGUGGAGGGUUCUUCUUCAUCAAUGAAUUUUGACCAUCUUUUUGGCCCCAAGGACUCCUCUACUCCACCUUCCUCCACCGCCCUCUUUGCCUCCUUCUUUCCUCCUCCACCAUCUGUUGGAGGGAGUGAAUCAAGAAUACAAGAAGUGGGAAGCAAAAAUUUUGGAGCACCAGGAAGUAAGAGUAAUAAAGGUGAAAGUAGCAGUCGCAUGACUAAGAAGAACAAUAGUGCCAAUUAUCAGAAUGAGACAUUGGAGCCCAGCUACUUCAGCUCUUCUAUCUACUAUGGUGGUCAAGAAAAUUAUUCCCCUAGAAACAGGACCACUCAACCCCACCAUGUUUUCAAGAAAGAUAAGAAUGAUGAUGAUCCCAAUGGCAAUAAUGAUUCAUACAGCGCAGCAAGAGGAAACUGGUGGCAAGGUCCCCUUUAUUAUUAA